AUUUUAUCAAUCUAUUUGUAUAGAAUAGAUAAGUGUCUUCAAAAUUUCUUCACGAAGAUGAGUUACCCAUACUACUCUCCACCACCACCAUCACCUGUCCCAUUUAACCCUAUCACGCCUCCACCGCCUCCGCCAUCACCUGUCCCAUGUAACCCUAUCACGCCUCCACCUCCACCUCCACCACCAGACCAUCACCAGCCACCGUGCCCACCACCCAAAAAUGCACCAAAACCACCUCCAACUACAGCAACACCGCCACGAGGACAUUACCCACCACCCCCACCAACCGUUCCCGGUGAUUGUACCCCGCCAGGUUUUUGGCCUCCCCCUCCUUACAAAUCUCUCCCACCAUCAUCACCAAUUGCGUCGCCACCUUCCGGAGGCCACCGAACUACUAUCAUCGCGGCCUGCGUCUCCGUAGGCGGUUUUUUAUUCAUUGCGUUCCUCUUAGCUGGUCUCUUCUGCUCAAAGAGGAAGAAGAGGCCAGUGAUGCUUCCUGAAGUCCCUUGUGCUCCCUAUGGGGAGCAAACUGUAACACUGCCGGUAGAGGAUAAUAUUCAAGUUCAUGAAGCUGUAGGUUCUAGCGCUAUGGGUUUGCAUGGGAUUGCUGGAGGAGGCUCUCCGCGUGAACCGGCGGUGCCUGGGUCUCCCACUUAUCCUCCAGGCCAUCACCAACACUACUAAAGCUAAAGCUCUCAUCUCUGAUCGAUGAUCUGUCUGUCUUUUUCAUUUGCUUUUGCUUAUUAUUAUUAUUGUUGUUGUUGUUAUUUAUUUUUACUUUGGCUGAGAUGCAUUCAUUUGUACCUUCAUUGAUGUGGAGUGGUUAAAAUAAAUAAUGGAGCCAUAGAUGAUGCAUGCUCCAUCUGCGUUAAGAUAUUGGCCAAGCAGAUAGGCCUAGUACUGUACGUAUAUUCGAAAAUCUCCAGGUUUGUAGCCAAGACAUUAAAUAUGACUUUUUGUCAUAUAGUUGUAAUUAUGAUCAUAAUUAAUUAUUUCCCUCGUUGUAAA